UCCUGCUGCUGCUACCUCUUCAUCUCUUUCACUUUACAGACGAACGCGCACCGUUUGCGUUUAAAUAAACGUUUUGCUACGUUUGAGUCAGUAGGCUACACGAAGACAACCGAGAUUGUUACAGCUGACUUCACAUUAAAUCCUUCACACAACUCAGUUGAAACAUCAACAGUCAAAGAUGGCUUAUGGUGCAACCAUUGUUUUCUUUGACCUGCAGACCACUGGAUUAGACACUCCAUGGUGUCACAUCACCCAGUUGUCGGCCAUCUGUAAAGACAACAUAUUUAACGUCUACACCCGUCCCAGCCGGCUCAUCCAUCCAGAAGCCAUUCGCAGGACGGGCUUCACCGUCAAUAAUGGCCGCCUGUAUCUGCGCAGAAGACGUGUUAGGACCAAACCUAUUAUUUAUGCUCUCACCUUCUUCAUCGACUAUCUUAGCAAAUUCCCCGGCCCCGUGCUGCUGGCUGCCCACAAUGCAAAGAAGUUUGAUGCACCCGUGCUCAGCAGAUUGCUGCAAAAGUUCUCCCUCUGGCAGAGGUUCCAGCAGGUGGUGUCUGGGUUUGUGGAUACCUUUAUGCUAAGCAGGAAGCUCUAUCCUUGUCAUCUAAAUCCGGGCAUGAAGCAUUCUCUGAAGUCUCUGGUCUACGAGUUCCUGGGAGAAUCCUUCGAUGCCUAUAAUGCAUUGAAGAAUGCCAUGAUGCUGCAGAAGCUGUUCAACUUUUGGCGUCCCUCCAGCUUUUAUGUUGAGGAAGUUACCUUCUUCACUGAAGAUUUUUUUUUAAAAAGCUACAAAAAAAACCAAUAUCCCAUUUAAAUAUUAAUCCCAUCAUGUAAUCCCGGUUGGUUGGACAGACUGAUAUUUUGAACAUUGAGAAGAAAAUGACGGGUAGAUUCAAUUUCUUGUUUGAAAUGAUGUCUUUUCUAUUUCCAACACGUAGAGUAUCUUCACACAUUUGUGUUCCUUUUCAGCAUAACAUGUAUGGUUUACAAUAAAGGUGACCUGUUAGGUUACAUUUACUGUUUCUCACCCAAACACAGGUGUAUCCUAAAAGAAAGAUGUGAAUUUCCUUCCUCAACAUUUUCAAAGAUGAUUUUUGAUAUAUAUUUUUAAAUCCAGUAUUUUUAACAUCCACAACUCACUAGCUUGCAGUCUUUUUUUAAUUGACUUUUCUGGCAAAUGGUAUGCAUUACCUUGCUGCUACCAACAGGAAUGUGUGUCCAUUGCCACAUGCCACAGGGUACCUUUUUAAUGCAGAAUAUUGUUGGUUCAGGCAGAGCACUGAAGUUACACUUUAUUUGGCUUGAUUAGCAGCAGCUGCCUCAUUUGUGUAUUGCAAUGCUGUUUGGUUCCAGUGGACUAGUAACAUCCAGUCAUAUUUAUGUAGGUGUACAGCCAUUUAUUUAUGCAGGUGUACAGCCAUUUAAAAUACACAAGAGUAUGUGGACAGGGCUAUGUACAUACAUUUGGUCAUGUAAAGGUAGAUAUGCUUCAUUCCAUUUACCUCAGAAGUUGGAGGUCAGAACUGGAAAUGAGGUCACACCAGGUUGACUGUUCCAGUAACAAGUUGUUAAAAUAUAUUUCAUGGGGUAGGGGGACUUUGCCAGGUUAGCCAUUGUUAACAAUACCUGUACCAAUAUCAUGUUGGAUUGAGAUGUUGUGGUUCGCAAGUGGGUAAUUUGUCUUCAGGGUGCGAGUUGACAUUUCGGAAUUUUCAGUUCAACUGGAACGCACCAAGGGAUGGAUCGAUGUGGGGUUUUCCAGUUUUCCAGUUGAACUGGGAAGUGGAAAUUUCUAAGUUCCCAGUCGGAAAUGUCAACACCCCCUGAAGUCGGAUUGCCCACUCGGAAAGUCGAGAGGACUUCACCAACCCGGACAUCCCAAUCAAACAUGGCUGCAUCAAAAGCUGUAUGAAUGUAUUGUUUAUUAGCAAUUCUGUCUCAUUUGUGUCUCAUUUAGUCAGCGGUACGCAAAGUAAUGUCCAUCUUCUAUCUGUAGACAUAUUGCUAUUGGUGUUUGUACGUGCAAAAUACAACUAAAUUAGUUGUUAUCAACUGGUAUUGCUAACAAGAGCUGGUCUGGCUAGAGUCCCCUCUUGUUUUUCCGACUUGUACUGGAACUCAGGUGUUACGUUGUUGCCACUUUCGACUUCUGAGGUAAACGGAAUGCAGCGAUCGAUAGAUAGAUAGAUAGAUAGAUAGAUAGAUAGAUAGAUAGAUAGAUAGAUAGAUAGAUGGAUGCACAGAUGUAAAUGAUAAAACUAAUGAUGGCUAAUUUAUCUUUAUGCUUCAGUUAUAAGGUGUUGGCCAUCAACAUUUUACUAGUGUCACCUGUGCUUUUCCUACUAUGACAAGUCAAAAUGUCUAACAACUGGUUUGUCAGUGUCAGGUAUGGACAAUCGUGUCAAUUGCCAUCAGCAGAAACAGCUGGGUGUAAAUGCAUCAUUCAAUAUAGUAAAUUUGAAACUCAUACUGCAGACAAUUAUAUGAUGUUGCUAUCUA